AUGAUAUCCGCUCGCCUGGACCCUCUGGCGAUAUUUCUCUGUCUUGCGCCGCCCAUUGACGACUCUCGGACAACCUGGAUCGGGAUCGACCCUGGUGUGGGAUCGAUCUUUACCGCUGUCAUUCGGGCACCCGGUCAACCAACCAUCCAGGAGCAAGACGGUGUCAAGGUGACCAAGGCACAGCGUGCCAACGAGAAGAUCGUGUCGUUCUCCAACAAGGAGUACCAGCAUCGAUGUGGCACCACCCAAGCGACCAAGUGGAUCCAGAGCACCCACAAGAUCCUUGGUCUGCAGCAAUGGAUGAGCACCACACCAAGUCCCAAGAUCCCCGGGGUGGCUUCCUUCUUGCGAUACAUUCGCCAUGUGUUCGAUGGAGACAUGCUGGAGAAACAGCUGUACUUCAGCCUGACCCGGCGACGGCGGUUCAAGCGACUCGAUCUCCACAGCAAGCGACAGCGCACUGUCCACGAGAUGUGCAAGCAAGUCAUCGACCAGGCACCAAGGGAGACCGAAGUGGUGAUUGCCUUUGGGAAUGCAUCCUGGAAGCAAGGGAAGGGAUAUGCAUCCAGCCCACGGAGACUCAGGUUUGCCAAGUAUUUCGAGCAGUUCCACCACCACCAGAGACGACCACCAGACCCAUCCGUCUCCAAGAUCCAUGUGUGCUCGGUGAACGAGUUCAACACAUCCCAGGUGUGCUCACAUUGUCGGGAAGCCAAGCGACUCGAAGCCAGAGAGAAGGGGCCUGGCUCGCUUCUUUCUGUGUAUAUACUGGUGAUGAUGGCUCUUGGUCAUGGAUGGGUUCUAAUUGUUUCAUCCAAUACGUGGCUUGCUGGAACGCAGGUAUAA